CCAAGCAGCCAUGAUUACAAAGUUAAGCAAAAAGUUCUCAAUGACCAAGUUCCGUCAGAUGGCUGCCGAACAUGACACAUUUCAUCGAUCCAUCGGCCCUAUUGUUAUUUUAGGUCAAAUCUUCGGAACAUUUCCGAUCUCGGGAGUUCUGAGCCAGGAUCCGGCUGCAGUACGUCUAGAUUGGUUGUCAGUCCGCGUCGCUCUCAAUCUACUGGUCGUGGCAACCACAUGUUUCCAUAUGGUUACAGAAUUCCUUCGGCUUCAGAGUGUUGGCAUGAAUGCGAAAAACAUCAACGGAUUGAUUUUUUUCAUCAACAAUUUUACCAUCAGUGUACUUUUUUUACAUGUGGCAUCCAAAUGGAACAAAGUUGCCAUUAUGUGGAAUCAAGUGGACCGGAUUUUCAUCCUGGAACCGUACCGAAUCUGCUCACAAUGGCCACUGUAUCGGAAGAUCCGAGUAGCAGCUGCCGUUCUGCUGCUUUUGGCCUUAGCUGAACACUUACUUUCCAUAUUCAACCUCGUUAACGAGCAGCGAGAAGAAAUAAAAAAAUGUGGCUGGGAAAGAAACGUCACCGAUCUACUCAAACAUUUCGCUCUACGAAAAUUACCAAACGUUUAUGUUUUGUUUCCAUACAGUAUAUUCUCCGCAGUGUAUUUUCUAUACAUUUCGUCUGCCCUCACUCUCUGUUGGAACUUUCUGGACAUGUUCAUCAUCCUGCUGAGCAUUGCAAUUUCAACCCGAUUCGAGCAGAUCUACUCCCAUUUGCGGGCGAUGACCGAAGGAGGUUUACUUCCGAACGAACAGCUAUGGAUACGCGUCCGUAUCCACUAUGUUUCAGUUUGUGAACUGCUGGAGUUAGUUAACCGAACCAUAUCGUGGCUCAUACUUGUAUCAUGCACAACGAACUUGUAUUUUAUCUGCCUGCAGAUACUAAAUCUGUCACAGAAAAUGCUACACAUUAUGAGUGAUGUCUACUUUUGGUUUUCGUUGCUGUUUCUCAUAGGAAGGACUUCGACAAUGUUUUUGAGUGCUGCUCACAUUCAUGAAUUUGCAAAAAAACCACUUGAAAUAGUGUCCAGAAUCCCCAAAGCUGGCUGGUGCGUGGAGUUGGACCGAUUCGCUGCCCAGUUAAAAAGCGAUAUGGUGGCACUUACGGGAAUGGGAUUUUUCAACAUAACUCGUCAGUUACUGUUUUCGAUGGCCGGAACGAUUGUGACAUACGAGCUGGUGAUGCUAAAGUUCGACAAAGAAUCCAAGGACAAGGGAUAUAUUCAACCCUGUAUGUACUUCGAUACCGAGGAAGGUUGGCUCAAGCCAGGACGAUAGACGCAGCACAAUGCCCAAGGCAGAUUAGUGCAAGGUUAAUGUUGGUGAACAGUAUUGGAAAUACCUAUCGCACAGCCUUCGUAGAUGUGCGGUUGGUGAUGCAGGUAACGAAUUACAAACUACAAUAAAGUGAUACCGGUUUCGAUGAAGACGUUUCCACAUGCACAGGUUCGUUCGUGAUUCUUCUUGUGGCAACCGAUGACCUUAGCUAAGCUGUGUACCAAACUAUCAGACCGAUAGAGUA